AUGCUGCUGCGUGCAGGGAGUGAUAUGGCGACCAAGAGGAGCGUGGGCACCCUCGGCGAGGCGGAUCUGAAGGGGAAGAAGGUGUUCGUGCGCGCCGACCUCAACGUCCCGCUCGACGACGCCCAGAAGAUCACCGAUGACACCCGCAUCCGCGCCUCCGUCCCCACCAUCAAGUUCCUCCUCGAGAAGGGCGCCAAGGUCAUCCUCGCCAGCCACCUGGGUCGUCCAAAAGGUGUCACCCCAAAGUACAGCUUGAAGCCUCUUGUUCCACGCUUGUCUGAGCUCCUUGGAGUUGAAGUUGUGAUGGCCAAUGAUUGCAUUGGUGAGGAAGUUGAGAAGUUGGCUGCUGCUUUGCCAGAAGGUGGAGUUCUGCUCCUAGAGAAUGUUAGAUUCUACAAGGAGGAAGAGAAGAACGAGCCCGAGUUUGCUAAGAAGCUAGCAUCUGUUGCUGACCUUUAUGUCAAUGAUGCUUUUGGCACGGCACACAGAGCUCAUGCUUCAACUGAAGGAGUUACCAAGUAUUUGAAGCCUGCUGUUGCUGGCUUCCUCAUGCAGAAGGAACUUGACUAUCUUGUUGGAGCUGUUGCCAACCCAAAGGAGCCUUUUGCCGCCAUUGUUGGUGGAUCCAAGGUCUCAACUAAGAUUGGGGUCAUUGAGUCUUUGCUGGAAAAGGUUGAUAUCCUCAUCCUUGGUGGUGGUAUGAUCUACACAUUUUACAAGGCACAGGGAUAUUCUGUUGGAAAAUCUCUUGUGGAAGAAGAUAAACUUGAGCUUGCAACUUCCCUUAUUGAGAAGGCGAAGGCAAAGGGGGUUUCUCUUUUGCUUCCCACUGAUAUUGUAGUAGCGGACAAAUUUGCAGCUGAUGCUGAGAGCAAGAUUGUUCCUGCCACUGCUAUCCCUGAUGAUUGGAUGGGUCUUGAUGUUGGCCCUGAUGCCACCAAAACAUUCAAUGAAGCAUUGGACACCACCUGGACUAUUAUUUGGAACGGUCCCAUGGGAGUGUUUGAGUUUGAGAAGUUUGCAGCUGGCACUGAGGCGAUUGCCAAGAAGCUGGCUGAGCUUACAACCACAAAGGGUGUCACUACCAUCAUCGGCGGUGGUGACUCUGUUGCUGCUGUUGAGAAGGCUGGGCUGGCUGACAAGAUGAGCCACAUUUCGACUGGCGGUGGUGCAAGCUUGGAGCUCUUGGAAGGCAAGACUCUACCAGGUGUCCUUGCGCUCGAUGACGCCUAA